UGUCCAGGCCUCGGCCUUCCUGAGCCUCCCUCUUUCCUCUCCCAGGUCUUCUUCAGUUUUGAAGCCGGUGGCUUCGCGGCCGCCCUGCCGGACUUCUGAGAAUGGUGGGUGUGAAGCCGGUCGGGAGUGACCCGGAUUUCCAGCCGGAGCUGAGCGGCGUGGGCUCCAGACUCGCCGUGGUCAAGUUCACCAUGCAAGGGUGUGGACCGUGUUUAAGGAUUGCCCCAGCAUUCAGUUCUAUGAGUAAUAAGUAUCCACAAGCAGUAUUCUUGGAAGUAGAUGUACAUCAGUGUCAGGGAACAGCUGCCACCAACAAUAUAUCAGCAACACCUACAUUUCUGUUUUUUCGAAACCAAGUGAGAAUUGAUCAAUAUCAAGCAGAUGCUGUGGGACUAGAGGGAAAGAUCAAGCAGCACUCGGAAGACGACCCUUGAAGCAACGAGGACACAGAUAUUCCAAAAGGCUAUAUGGAUUUACUGCCUUUUAUUAACAAAGCUGGCUGUGACUGUCUUCAUGAAAGUGACGAGCAUGGAUUUGACAACUGUUUACGAAAAGACAUGACCUUCUUGGAAUCUGACUGUGAUGAACAGCUAUUUAUUACAGUGGCAUUCAAUCAGCCUGUUAAGCUUUAUUCAAUGAAAUUUCAAGGGCCGGAUAAUAGUCAGGGUCCUAAGUAUGUAAAAAUGUUUAUCAAUCUACCCUGGUCUAUGGAUUUUGAAGAGGCAGAAAGAAGUGAGCCAACUAAAGCUCUGGAACUAACAGAGGAUGAUAUUAAAGAAGAUGGUAUUGUCCCACUUCGUUACGUAAAGUUUCAGAAUGUUAACAGUGUAACUAUAUUUGUUCAGUCCAAUCAAGGUGAAGAAGAAACAACAAGAAUUUCAUAUUUUACUUUUAUUGGGACUCCAGUCCAGGCAACAAAUAUGAAUGACUUCAAACGAGUAGUUGGCAAGAAAGGAGAAAGCCACUAAGGUACAAAAGACACUGGAAGACCAUAUUGCAAUCAGAUCUACAGCUCCUGGAUAAUUGCUUGAUUCUCACCAGAAACUUUCAAUAUUUCAUUCAUUGCCAUUACCAAUAAAUCAAUGCUUUUGUUCAGAUGGUAUCACUAGUGUUUCUCUUGUAAUCUUAAUACAUGCAAUUGUAAAUAAAAGUAACUACUUUUGCCAAGCUUAAUUUUUGUUGUUCUAAAUAAGUAUUUUCCCUUUCCAUUUAUUUGAAAAUUAGCCAUCUUCUGAUUUUAGCAGAGACAUAAGUGUCUGGUAGCAUACUGAUCAAAAGACAGUUUCUCUCUUUAGAGGAGCAGAACUGUUUUAGGGAAUUAAGGAGUGUAUGUGCGCUCAUGUGCACACACACAGGAAGUGAUUUUGAUAAGUGGAUUUGGAACAGCUAACCAUGUUCCAAUGAGUAACUAACUCAUAUGUUUGUUAAACAGCAUUUGGGUAUCUGGGCUAUAGAAAUUACUCAA